AUGAAUCAUAUUUUCGAUGAUGUAUUUAAAUUUUCAAAAGCCGAAAAGAUUUUGUUGAAUGAAAAUUUAAUUCCUGAUUUUGAAAAUUAUGAAGACUGGGGUAUUAAUAAUCAGACUAAAGUAUUCUCAAAUAUAAUUUCUUAUGAAACUGCAGUCAAUGAAGAUAUCGGAUUAGAAUGCAUUAAUCAAAAAUGUUAUUCAAGUGAAAACUAUAUUUUUGAAAUUUGUAAAAGUUGCAGAAAACUUUUAUAUGUUCAACCAAAAUAUAUGCCAACAAGAUUAUUACCAAAAGCACUUGAAAUUUCAGACGAUCAAUUAUCAUAUAUUGAAAAACGAGCAUUUUCUAAUUUGUUUAUUGAAACAUUAAUUAUAAAAUCAUUUGCUGACAGUUUUGCUUUUGAUUCAAAAAUAUUUGAAGGAUUAUCAACACUUAAAAAUUUAAUAUUCAUGACUGCUCCAAUUUUAUUCUAUGAAUUUGACAUAAAUACGUUGAAAAAUCUAGAACACCUUGUAAUAUCAUUUGACUUAUCAGAUACAGUAAAAUUGUAUAAGGUUAUUGAGCCUUUAAUAAAUUUAAAAAGCCUAAUAACAAGGAAACAUGGAUCACCAUAUUUCUGCACCAAUACAAAUGAUUAUAAAAAUAAUAAAAAACUUCGAUAUCUUCAAUACCAAAUCAGCUCGUUCACAAGAAUACCAACAAAAUCAUUUGAAUGUCUUCAAGAACUCAAUACUCUCAUCAUCACUGAUGGCUUUCUCAGUUCUUUUGAUACUGAUGCAUUUGGCGGUCUUGAAAAUCUUGAUACCCUCAUCUUAGACUAUAACAAAAUAACGUCAAUCGAAGCAAAUACAUUUAUCGGAUUAAAAAAACUUAGAAAAUUAUCUUUGAGUCAUAAUUCAAUAUCAUCUAUAUAUGAUGGUGCAUUUCGACUACAGGAUGGUGAUUAUUCACUUCCCGAUUGUAUGACUGAAAAAAAGAAUGCAAUUUACUGUAGACCUGAAACAUUAUCAGUGUUAGACUUGAGUUUCAAUAAUAUAAAAACCAUAACAGAUAAUAUGUUUAGUGCUUUUUUUUUCAUUAAUAUACAAAUUGUAUUAUCAAAUACAAUUUGUUUUCGAUGGAAACAUCUUCAUCCAGUUUGUAAAACUGACGACGGUAAAUUCAUUCAAUAUAAGCCAGAGUAUGAGUCUUCGAUGGGAGAUCAAAUUAAAUAUCGUGAUAAUUCAAUAGAUGUAAUUCGUAACUAUGCAUUUGUUGACUAUCAAGAUAUUCUCGAAUUUCGAACAUAUUCAAAAGUUCUCGUACUUGAUUUGGCAGAUUCAUCGAUAAUAAUUGAGCCAUAUGCUAUUGCUUUGAAAGGACUUGAACGGUUGGAAAUAACUUCAGGUCCAGUUCAAUUAGAGUCAGAGAGUUUUCAAGAAUUAUCUAAUUUACAACAUCUCAAAUUACACGUCAAUGAAACAUUGGUGGACAUUGGACAAGUUUUAAAAAAUUUGCCAAAUUUAACAAGUUUGGAAUUGUUGGAUAAUCAUACAAUUGGCAUAUGUGACUCAUCCAAUGAUCCUGUUCAAAUAAAAAUACUUCAGUAUACGGGUGGAUUUAUAGAAUCAGUAUCAUCAGAAUCAUUUGAGUAUUUUCUUGAAACUGGAUCCUUUAAAAAUUUAAAAUGCCUAAUUGUUGAUCUUGGAAAAAAUCGAUUAGAGCAUAUUGAAAAUUUCGAAUUUAAUAAUUCAAGAAUUAUUACACUUUUGUUGGAUGAUAAUUUUAUAAGAGAAUCAGUUGAUAAAACAAAAUGGGAAAGAGAAAGUAUAACAUGUUAUUUCAGUGAAAAAUUCUGUUUCCAUAUUUGUCAAACCAAUAAAGUACUUUUUAGAGUUAUAGAAAGAAUAAUGCCCUACAGACUUUUAACAAAAACACUUAUACUUGAAGACAGCGAUAUGAUAUUAACUAAAGACAACAUAUUUUAUAAUUUAACCAUUAAAAAUUUAGUAAUUGAAUCAUCUGCGAAACCGUUUCAACUUAUUGCUGAAUCAUUAAAAGGAUUACCAGAACUUGAAAAUCUUCAACUUUCAAAUUCAAUAGAAUUUAUUGAAGAUGGAGCAUUUACAAAAUUAAAUAAUCAUUUAUCAUUUCUUGAUUUAAGUCAAAACAAAUUACAUACAAUUUCAGAUAAAGUAUUUGAAGGUAUCUUAUCAAUUGAUCGGCUUGAUCUUUCACAUAAUGAUAUUAUACAUUUUGAAUCUAAUCCAGAAAAACCAGGACUUGUAUAUGCAUACAAUAAUAGUCAAUUAUUUUCUGUUGGGGGAUCGAAAAAAUUUAAAGUUAAAUUAUUUUGUCGUAAUGACAAUUUGUGGAUCAUUUGUAUGAACGGUACAAUUGCAACAUCAAUUACACUAAAUCACUUCGAUUCAACUUUAAAUGAUGCAUGGAAAAAUAUUGAUAGCCAAUUUACAAUCAAAAGUUUAAUUCUCAAUAAAAAUAUUCGAGAUGGAUUAGCACUCUCUCUAAAUUCAUUUGACGGAUUAUCAAAAUUAGAAAAUCUUGAACUUAAUGUUGGACCAACUAUUCUUGAACGUGGUGCAUUUUACAGAUUGUCUAAGAUGAAUCGUCUUAAAAUUGAAGUUGAUAUAACUGAACGACUCAAUAAUAAUGAAAUUACUGCCUUUGAUAUGGGAUCAUUGACGACCAUCAAUAACAAUUAUACGCUCAUCAAUGUAAGCUACAAUAAAAUAGUGACAAUACCGAAAGGAACAUUUGGCAAUAUGACAUGUAAAAUAUUUGAUAUACAAGAGAAUCCACUAUUGUCUCAUACUAAAAAUAUAAUGGGAUCUCCAGCUAAUAUUAAUGAUUUAAUUGUUAGAAAGGGACAUCGUAUACGUUACGGUGAAUAUUCGAAAAAUACAGAUGAUGAACCACAACGAAAGUAUAGCAGUUGGAUGAGACACGGUAAAGAUUGUCAUGGUAAAUUUAUUUUAUUUGGCUCAAAAUAUAAGCCAGCACCUUGUCGAAAAGCGUCGUCGUAUGGAUUACAAUAA